AUGUUUUUAUUGUUAGUGUUCUUACGAGCUAGCUAUGUGGCAAAAAGGCUGUUGGCUAAUGAUGCAUUCAUCGACUGCUUUUCCUGGCACAGCCAGUAUUGUGGCAAGCUUGCGCUUUGUGAUGAUCCAUCAGGGAGGCUAACUUAUUUGUGGACUUAUAGAGCAGGUGGCAUCAUUUGUCAGGAGCUCAGCUUCCAGCCUGGAUUAACUAAUGAAUCUUCAAGCGAAUUUAAUUUCUUGAAUUCACGAGGUCUCACUGCUAGUCGUGUCACACGGGACGACAUUUUAUCACCAAUGCUGCUAGGGUUAAACCUGGCGUUUAUUCAAGCUGCUCCCGAUUCAAAAUCCACUAAUUUACACGGGCGUGGCCAUUCGCAUCAUCUUAUCUUCUUAGGAUUCUUUAUACAGCUCACUUCAUCUGGUUUCUGCGAGCUGCCACUAUCUCUGUAG